CGUUGGUGCUGUUGUUGUUGUUGUUUUUUGGCUGGGCUGGCAAAAAACUGAAUCCCGACUCGGACUUGCUGACCCUGCCAUUAAUUUUGGACUUUGCAGAGUUUCAAGUGUUUGCAGCGACACGGGAUGUGCCCCUGAAUCGGCCCCCAGCCACCUAGCCACCUGGCCACCUGGAAAGCAGCUGGAAUAUCGGGGUGUGUGCCGUCCACCGAGCGACGGCCGAGCCGAGCCGAGAAGUAAACAAACUCCGGAUAUUCAUUUCACGCCUGGCACUCGCUGGCACAGCACCAACACACAGCAACGAUGAGCUGGUUCGAGAAGGCCAAGACGGUGCUGAUCGAGGCUCUGGACAUCCAGGACGAUGAGGGCAAGGCAGCGGCCGAAAAAGAAAACACUGGCGUCCCUGACACGCGAUCGGGUCACGACCUGCCAGCUGGCGGCCACCUACCCUCGUCGUCGUCAGCGGGCAGUAUCGCCACACCACCCUCGGACACGCCCACGUUCUUCGAUAAUCCACACGCCAACGAAAUGGUUACCAUUCCGCCCCGCGCCAGCGACACCACCACCACACCCACAUCCGGUACCGCAUCGUCUGCAUUGUACGCGAAACGCCAGUCGGCCACCUCGGACUCGGUGGACCUGCUGUCGUCGCCCACAUCGCCGAUCUCGCCCACUGGCGGCGGGGCCGAACUGCCGAUGUCGGUGGCCAAGCGUCCCUCGGAGUCCUCGCUGGAACUGAUCACUGCCACGACGGCCAGCGAGCUGGAGAUGUCACCCGACACGGAGCCCUCACUGCCCGACAGCAUUGUGAUCAUAGCCAGCAACGAGACGUCCGACAAUGCCGAGGGCGAUGGCGAGGACGACGACGACGACGAGGGGACCCAACUGGAGCGCCACAUGGAGGAUCAUCUCAAUGACUCGACCAAGACCAUGAAGGCCUUGGUGUUCAGCGACACCCAGGCGGCCGGCAAUGUGGCCGGAGCGGAUUCGGAUUCCACACAGAGCUUCGAGGACAUCCAAAUGCAAAUGAGCCACCAUCACAAGGGCAAGUCGCCGGCCCAGGGCAAGCUGAGGACCACGGGCGCUUCCUCGGCCCCGCCGGCCGGAGACGUUGUGGACCAGAGCUACUCGUCCACCUCCUCGGACAUUGAGAUCAUCUCGAAUCCGAACGGCGACUCCAGCACCAACAGCACCGCCACCCGGACCAGCCCGCAGAAGUUCAAGGAGCUGGGGAGUGUGGCCGGGGGUAAGAUGGCCCUGAAGCCGAAGGGACACCAUCGCGAGCCGUCGGAGAUAUCGCUGCUGUCGGAGGACUCGCAGUCGGAGCUGGACAAGCUGGUGCAGCGCAUCAGUGAACUGAACCAGGUCAUUGAGGCGCGGGAGCAGCGCCUGCUGCAGUCCGAGCGCCAGAACGCCGAGCUCCAGGAGCGCAAUCAGGAGCUGAGAUCGCGGGUAGAGUCGGCGCCGGAUGCCGCUGAUGCGGCGGAGGCGGUGCAGCGUCUGUCGGCGCUGGAGAAGAAGUUCCAGGCCAGCAUCCGGGAGCGGGAUGCUCUCCGCAUCCAGAUCAAGACGCUGCGCGACGAGCUGCAGAAUAAGAUCCCCAAGGACGAGCUGGCCGAGUGCAACGAGAUGAUCCAGGGCCUGCAGUCCGAGGGCGAGAAGCUCUCCAAGGAGAUCCUCCAGCAGUCGACGAUCAUCAAGAAGCUGAGGGCCAAGGAGAAGACCUCGGACACGCUCCUGAAGAAGAACGGCGAGCAGAUCUCGCUGCUCUCCAGCGAGUCGGAGCGCCUGAAGAAGUCCCUGGCCGCCAAGGAGGAAAUGGAACGCACCCAGAUCGAGGCCGUGUGCCGGAUGACGGCGGAGAAGCGACGCGUCGACGAGGAGAACGCCGAGUGCCGGAGCAAGAUCGAGGAUCUGCAGUCCCGCCUGGCCGCCCUCCAGGCCAGCUUCGACGGCCUCAAGGGCGACCUCCAGAAGCGGACGCGCCACGAACAGGACACGAUGCGCGCCGAGCAGCAGGAGUACGUCCAGCAGGUGUCCGAUCUCCGGGAGAAGCUGCGCCUGGCCGAGCACAACCUGGCGCGGCGGGAGCAGCAGAUGCGCGAGGAGAACCGCCAGCUGCUGCGCCGUCUGGAGGCCGCCGAGCUCCGGGCGGAGAGCUCCACGCACGAGCUGGGCGCCACCACCACGCCUCUGAUCCGGCAAAUAGAGGCACUGCAGCGCACCCUGGACCAACGGUCGGCGGGCUGGAAUCGGGAGGAGCAGCAGCUGCUCCAGAAGCUGGACGACACCCAGGUGCAGCUGCGUUCCCUGCAGCAGCUGGAGUCCGUGCAGGGCGAGAAGCAGGAGCUGCUGCGCACUCGCUGCAGUCUGCUGGAGGAGAAGCUCUCGGGCGCUCUCAUGGAGGCCGAGGCGGCCAAGAUGGCUCUGCGGCAGCAGGAACAGGAGGCGGCCACCAAGGAGAGCCAUCAGCAGAGCAAGCUGUCGCGACUGGAGGAGGAUGGGAGGCGGCAGCAGGAACGGAUUGCCGAGCUAGAGGAGCAGCUGGCCCGGAAGCUGGUGGAGGAGCAACAGCAGCCCACCCUGCUGACCGUGGAGGCGGUGAAGGCCAGCAGUGAGCUACAGCAACAGGCUCCGAUGCAGCUGCCCAAGUCCCAGGUGGCGCCAGUUCGGGCCUCGCCGCCGCUCAGUCUGGUGGACGAUAGCGGCUCCAACGAGGAGGCUCUGGGCGGCAUAAUCGACUGGCAGGCGGAUGACCUGGACUGUGCCUCCAACUCGGGUCACCGCCAGCCAUCGGGCAUCGUCCAGGGCGUGCACUUGAGCUUCCUCUCGUCGAACACCACCACGCUGGAGCACCUGCAGGCGCUGCUCAAGCAGCGGGACGGGGAACUGACCCACCUGCAGUGGGAGCUGUCGCGCCUCCAGGCCGAGCGCGGUGUCCUGGAUGGCGAGAUAUCCAAUCUAACCAUCGAGCUGGAAACGAUGAAGGAGAAAAUGGUGACGUACGAGGAAAUGGAGAGUGGCUACAAGGAUCUGCAGCAUCGCUACGACGCCCUGCUGCAGAUGUACGGGGAGAAGGUGGAGCGCACCGAGGAGCUGGAACUGGAUCUGACCGAGCUGAAGGCGGCCUACAAGCUGCAGAUCGACGAGCUGCUGGCCAAUCCGCCGCCGAAUCUUCAGCGGCCACCGGGCAAGCAGACAUGAUGGCCGCCGGAGCGCAGGAUUGUCUCCCUGCCAGAGUUGCCAUGCCUGAGGCGAACGUAGCCGCCCCAUUCCCCCUCCCCCCCACUUUCCCAUGCAAUGUAUUAUUAUUGUUUUUUUUGUUGGAUGACUCACACCAACACCAUGUACAUACAUGCCAAUAUGUACUAUAUAUAUAUGUGUAUAUGUUUAUCCCGGACAUCCCGACAUCCCG